AGAAAAAAUAUGUAGGCAUUUAUAUUGAUAAACGAUUCCGGUUUUUAAAUGCGGAUUUUUCCACUGAUACAAGUCGGACAUGAAUUAACAUUUAAUGUUGAACAUUUUCAGCCCCUAGGAAAUUUUACCAACUAUGUCAAAUGAGCAGUCAAUAAAGUCAUUUUUAUGAUGGCUACGAUAUCAUUUUGAUGAUUUUAAAACGAUUAUCUUAAGUUUUCUGUUGGACUUCAAUUAUCUUCGUACCAUAAUUUAGCAGAAUGAACACGAUAAGAACCGAAAAAAUUAGCACGCAAUAUUUCAAGCAGAGAAGUAAAACUUAUACGUGGACACAGCGCUUUAAAGAAUCCUGGAGAAAACUUUUUCCUUGGGUGGAACCAGCAAGUGAUGGCAGCAACUUUGUUCAGUGCCUGGUGUGCAACAAGCGGCUGCGCUGUAAGAAGGAUGACAUCUUCAAGCACAGUAAAGGACAGAAACACAAGCUGAACCUGCAGAAGGCUUCUCCAAAUAACUUGGAAAGCAUUACGUUAUAUACUAGUCCAGGGACUGAAGAUGAUAAUUGUGAUGAGAUAAAAGUGGAGCAGCAGUUACAUGUUGAUCCAUGCCCAAAGAUUUCUUCCAACAGACUGGUUAUGUGUGGUGUUGACAUCCAGCCUGAGGUGCAAGGGGCUAUAGAAGCUCUCACACAUAAGAUGACUACACUCAGCGCUGAGCUUGCCGAAAUCACUGACCCAAUCAGUGUCGAGAAGUGCUCCCACUCACUCAGUCAAGUCAUCAAUAUUCUUGCAAGGCUUAAAAAAUUAUAGUCCUUUCUUUAUUUUCAUUCAUAGAGCUUGAAGCUGUUUUACCUAACUCGUACUAUUUGAAUGUAAAAUGUUUACAGAUUUUUAUUAUGCCCAGUAAAGUGUCUCAGUAUCAAA